CUUCUUUGGGCCACCACCGCCUAAUGUACCUCUUCAAACUUUCCCCUGACGCCUCCUUCGUUCCCUUUCUCGAUCUCUGCCCUCCUUUUGGGGUCUGGUAUCCAAUUCGCUGCCUCCCUCUCCCUCUUCGUUAAACUCACGUUUUCUCACGCCUCUUCACUUCAUUUGUCUUCAUUUCUUCUCGUAAAUUCUCCGUCCCCUUCGUUACCCUCGCCUCAAUCUCGAUUCCCAGUUCUCCUUUCGCAAGAAUCAUUGGAUUUUUUCAAACCUUAACCCCCUAAUGGGAAUAGGCUUCUAGGGUUUUUUUUUUUGUUUCAAUUAUUUGGGGAUUUUUUGGAGUUUGGAAGGAUGAUUCCAUGGGGGGGAUUGGGCUGCUGCGUGAGUGCAGCUGCUCUAUAUCUCCUGGGAAGGAGCAGCGGAAGGGAUGCUGACGUUCUAAGGUCGGUCACCAGGGUAGGCCAGUUGAAGGAUCUUGCAAUUUUUUUGGAGACUGCAUGUAAAGUCCUUCCUUUUAUUGUCACUGUUUCGGGACGAGUUGGCUCAGAAACACCAAUCAACUGUGAACAAAGUGGUUUAAGAGCUGUAAUAGUUGAGGAAAUGGCUGAACAACACUUCUUGAAGCAUAAUGAUGCUGGUUCCUGGAUACAAGACUCUGCUUUGAUGCUUUCCAUGAGUAAAGAGGUUCCCUGGUACCUGGAUGACGGGACCGGACGUGUGUAUGUUGUUGGGGCUAAAGGUGCUACAGGCCUGGUGUUAACCAUUGGAAGUGAGGUUUUUGAAGAGUCAGGGCGAUCUCUAGUGCGGGGAACUCUAGACUAUUUGCAAGGUCUUAAGAUGCUUGGAGUCAAGCGAACAGAAAGGGUUCUUCCAACUGGCACUUCUUUGACAGUGGUUGGUGAGGCCAUUAAAGAUGAUGUUGGAACAAUUCGGAUACAGCGACCUCAUAAGGGACCAUUUUAUGUGUCGCCCAAAAAUAUUGACGAACUCAUUGCAAAUCUUGGGAAAUGGGCUAGGUGGUACCAAUUUGCUUCAAUGGGAUUUACAUUCUUUGGUGUUUUUCUGCUUGCAAAGCGUGCGCUUGAGUAUAUUCUAGAGAGAAGACGACGCUGGGAACUGCAAAAAAGAGUUCUUGCUGCAGCAGCAAAACGACAAGCACGGGAGGCUGAAGGAGCAGAUGAAGAUUCUGAAAAGGUAGCAGAUAACAUGAAUAAGGACCGAUUGAUGUUGGACAUAUGUGUGAUAUGUCUUGAGCAAGAAUACAAUGCUGUUUUUGUUCCAUGUGGGCACAUGUGCUGCUGUACGACAUGUUCUUCACACUUGACCAACUGUCCGCUCUGCCGCAGAAGAAUUGAUCAAGUUGUAAAGACAUUUCGCCAUUGAAGCUAUUACUAGUUGGUGGCUCAGAAGUCGGGCUUUAUGUUGUUGUACUGGUUUAAAAAAGUAAGACUACCGGCCCCCAUCUUUGGGGGCUGCUUCAGAUGUUAGCUGGUGUCUCGUACCGUCAACCAACACGUUCAGUUUGCUGGCUCGUCAAUUGACCACAAAUCUCCUUCAGAAAAAUGUAACACAUUCCUAGAUGGCAGGCUAGCCUUGAAUACUUCAGAUCGGUUUAUGAAAUGUUAAAUAACCAGUAACGAUAAAUUUAUGGAUGAUGAGAUUUUUCCUUUUGUAGGCUCUUAAGGCCAAUUUUCUUAUUUCUAUUAUUUAAAUAGCCAUCUCCCUGUACCACAAGUGCAGGAAGAAUUUCCUCUUUUUCAAAAUGGUA